AUGGCAAACGCGCGAGAUCUCGUCCGGCCAGAAACGUUUAAGGCCGAGUCCCAGACGUUGGACGACUACUUGGACUACUUUGAAAGUGUCGUCGGUGUGAACGAGUGGGCGGACGCAAAAGCCGCAGGUGUCCUGAUUUGUUGCCUUGGAGUAGGCUCCCGCCUGUUGGACGAUGUCGGUGCCGCUGACCGUGGCUCGUUCGCCACUCUGAAGGCAUCACUGCGGAACAGCAAAGCUCCGCAUCGCCUGGUCGAAGCGGGUGAGCUCAAGUUUAUGAGGAAAGGGGCCUCCGAAACCCCACAAGAUUUUCGUUCGCGUGUGGCCAGGAAGGUCGACGUAUGUUAUGGCGACUUUGCGGCCUCUAAGAAGAAAGUGUUAGUCCUCGACAAUUUUGUGUAUGGGUUACCCAUGGAAAUGAGGAACGCGGUACUCUUACAUCAUCCGUCAAAAAUUGAGGAUGCCGUGACCGCGGCCAUGAUGUUUGAUACCAUUCGGCCUUUCAACGCGAGUAACAAGGGAAAACCCAAGGUUUUGUCUGAACCCGUGAAGAAUGCACCCUUCAAGGCCAACGACUCAAGGGAAUCUGGCGGGAACGUCACAAACUGGAACACAGUCACUUGUUACAAAUGCCAGGAAAGGGGACAUAAGGCGUCGGAGUGUCGGAACAAAAGAAGAUCGCAUGUGUCGGUUGUAAGUGCCGCCACUCCGAGACUGUAUUUGGACGUGUCGAUCUUCCCAAACGGAACAGAUCGAUGGCUCGUGGACUCGGGCGCUGCCAUGUCUAUCCUUCCCCAGAACCGCUAUUCCGUCGACAAUGAAUGUGCCCAGAGCAUUGUCGGAGUGGAUGGAUCACUUGUGAAAUGUGCGGGUACUAGGAAGCUUGGCCUGUAUAUCGGGAAGACUCCUCUAGAGCACGUGUUCAAGGUGGUCAGGACGUCGGAGGGUAUCCUGGGUAUGGACAUUCUAAGCAAGAUCAAAGCCACCCUGGAUAUUUCGGGUGGAAUGUUGCUCUUGCCCUACCAUGAACGAAUUAAGCUUGUCAGGGAAGGUUCUUCAUUACCUGUUCAGCCUGAAUUACCCCACGAUUGGGAAUCUGGGCGCAAAGAAGCCGAACUUCCCGUGCACGUGGCCACUAAUGAACAAGACUGGAAAGAAGGAGAUCCUUUGGAUUAUCUUGUUCCCAUUUCAUCGGCACACUUCCAUCCACCUAUCCUGAAUCAAGGAGAUGCUUGGGAGGAGUUUGGUUCUAAGAAGGAAGCGGAGAUCGAGUAUGUUCCAGGAACGCGGGAACUGAGCGACAAAAUUAUGGAACAGAAUCGGGGAGCCUUUGAAGGAUCGGGACAUACAAACGUAGGUAUCCAUGUAAUUGAGACGACUCCAGGUCCGCCUGUAUUCCAAAGGGCGUACCGAAUCCCCGAAGUUUACCUGGAACCUACUAAUGAGAAGAUACAACAAUUAAUUGAAGAUGGAUACAUUCAAGAAAGCUCAUCGGCAUGGGGAAGCCCUCUCGUAGUUGUGAAGAAGAAGUCAAAUGGCAAGAUCCGGCUUUGCGUGGAUAUGCGCAAAGUAAACGAGCGAACAAUUCCGGAUCGGUUCCCAACUCCAAACGCCGAGGACAUUCUUAAUGAAGUCCACGGAAACGUUUUCAGUGUACUCGACUGCGAUCGAGAAAAGACUGCGUUCUCAUUCAGGGGAAAACUUUUCGAGUUCACGGUCAUGUGCUUUGGCCACAGAAACGCCCCUGCUACAUGGUCUAGGAUCAUAAAGAAGGUAGUAGACGGUCUUUCGUUUGUGUGUGCCUUCUUCGACGACGUAGUUGUAUUCUCAGAAACAAUUGAAGAGCACAAGGAUCAUCUGAAGCAAGUUUUUGAUCGGUUUGCUGAAUGCAACCUCCGCUUAAAUCGUGACAAGUGCAAACUGUUUUGUAGUGAGGUCGACUAUUGGGGGCACAAAAUCAGUCUGGAUGGAAUUUCCGUGUCCCCCAAAAAGAUCGACGCUAUCAAAAACUUUCCAAGACCAGAUUCCUUUUCUAGUCUGAAAAGAUGGCUUGGGUUGAGCGGGUACUACCGAAAAUUCAUUGCCGGGUUCGCUGAAUUAGCACGACCCCUUCAAGUAACCCUAAGAAAAUCGGUUAAACACUUUGCUUGGACCGACGAGAUGGAAAGGUCGUUUAACGAGAUCAAGAAACACCUCCAAAGCGCCCCUCUCCGAGCAAGACCAGACUAUUCCAAAACUUUUGUUUUGACUUGUGAUGCUUCGGAUAUCGCCAUUGGAGUCACUCUAGAACAAGAGGGCCAACUAAUUGAAGCCAUAUCCCAUGAAUUUGGGGAGACGGAGGCUCGAUGGCCGUCCCAGGAAAAAGAGGCCUAUGCAAUCGUCUUUGCAUUAAAGAAGUGGCGCCACCUCUUGCUGGCCCGAAAAUUCAUUAUGAGGACUGAUUGCAAGUCGCUCUUAUGGCUCAUAAGCUGCAAGGAUGCUGCUGGAAAACUCGGACGUUGGUCAAUGUCUUUGGCCGACUAUGAUUUGGAAUUUGAGCACAUUGCGGGAAAAGACAACGUUGUAAGUGAUGCUCUUUCAAGAGUGCGUGUUGCCGCGGUUGGCGCGGAUUUGGAGGAAUGGCGGGAUGCCACCUCGAAGGAUGAAAAGAUCCAAGAAUCGCUUCCAAGGGCCGAUCUCCACGAGCGAGAUGGUUUUGUAGUGAAAAUGACCAAGAAAGGAGAGAAGCUCGUAGUCCCUCAAAUUUUGGUCCCGAAAAUGUUGAGAGCGUAUCAUGACGAUCCGAUGCGCGGACAUAUGGGAUUCAACAAAACUUUGGAGCGACUUAUGAAGCGUUAUACUUGGAUCGGAAUGAGAAAAGAUGUCAAGAUGUUCUGUGAUCGAUGCCUGAGUUCAGGAAUCAAACAUUGUCCCACUUCUCCAUUUCACCCAGCCUCUGAUGGUCUUACCGGUGGCCAUCGGUUUCCCCCAACGCAAUCUCCGCCUGUGGAUUUCCGCCCGGUGAUCUUCUCCAUGGAUAACUCCGCCAACAACAAUCUCCGCCAGGGUGAACUCCCCCUACGUGUCAACAACCAUGAUGAUCUCUUGGAAGAAGCAUUUCGUAUCGCAUCUCAGAUUCGCCCGGUGGCCCGGGAAAACAUUAAGAAGUCCCAAGAAAAGUCUAAGAAAAAUUACGAUAAAGCAUACCAUGUCGAAGCCACACCUGUAACGGAGAAAAAUUUUGUGAUGUGGUUACGUCCGGCUCCUGUUGCCAGAGGAGGCUCCCAGAAACUGAAGCCACCGUUCCAAGGUCCCUAUUUAGUUGAGUCUGUCUCGGACAAAACAGCCCGGAUUAGUGAUCAAACUGGUCGUUGUCAAAGUGUGAACGUGGAUCAACUGAAGAUUACCAAAGUAGACGAUCCUCAUCUCGGCGUCCUUCGUAAACGAGGACGGCCUCGCAAAAGUGGUGGGGGGAUGUGA